GCCUUGCGUGAACCAAAGCUGUGGACGUUACUCCAGCAAAAAUGCACUAGAGCCCAAUGGAGUCUCUGCAAUCAGCUGUGAAUCAUACCAUAUUAUGAUAAACAAGUGAUGACCGUCGAAAAACAGACUUAAACAAUGGAAGGAAUGCUUUAUAAAUGGACGAAUUACAUAAGUGGUUGGCAGCCCCGCUGGUUUGUGCUUGAAGGAGGAACUCUGUCCUAUUAUGACUCCCAAGAGGAUGCCUGGAAAGGAUGUAAAGGCAGCAUUAAAAUUUCUGUUUGUGAAAUUCAAGUUCAUUCCACAGACUCCACACGGGUUGACCUGACUAUACCAGGAGAGCAGUAUUUUUACUUGCGUGCUCUUAAUGCAGCAGAAAGGCAAAAAUGGCUGGUGGCACUGGGAACAGCAAAAGCUUGCCUUACCGAUAACCGAACAAAGAGGGAAAAAGAGCUGCAGGAGAAUACAGAGGCACUAAAAACUAAGAUGUCAGAACUCCGGUUAUACUGUGACCUGUUACUGCAACAAGUAAACAAAAUCAAGGACAGUGACGAGUUUGGAAAUCCAGCUGAGACUGGCCUGGACACAGGAGACAUGGUUAAAUCUACUUGCACAACAUUUUUGAAGACAUUAGAAGAGUGCAUGCAGAUAGCAAACCGUACUUUCAACACAGAUAUGGCCACACAAAGCCCACCAGGAUCUCCUCCUGUAGCAGCUAUUAAACCACAGAAGAUUAGGCCUAUCAACCAUUUAAAGCAAAACCUUGGAGACAAAUGGAGAGACUUGCCAGAAUCCCCAGGAGGAACAAGCGUGCAUGACAACCAGAGUGUCGACUCGGGACCAGAGGGACUAGAUGAACCUGAAACAGCUGGAAACUCUCCUCCCCCUUCAGACAAUGAGGCAGCUAACAACAACAGCUCAAAUGACAAGGAGCAAGAAGACACUCCUAAGAAUAGCUCAGAGGGCGAGUGCGAUGAUCGGGCAGCUGUGAUCAGUGAGAGUGACGCUGAGUGGAGGAAUGAGCAGAAGCACAAAGAGGACCAGAGCCCGGAGCACGACAACAACAACAGGGUCACCAGCCAUAAACAGGAAGAUGUCACCGACCCAGAAGGAAACCAACUGCAGGAUGCAGAUGAGAGCGAGGACUUGGAGCAGGUGGAGACCUUCUUCAGCACAAUGAGUCACAGAUUUAGUGAUAUAAACCUGGACGACGACAAUGGUAUCCCAACACAAGAGUUUUUGGACUCAUGCUAUGCAAUAGUACCAGUAUUAGACAAAUUGGGAUCUACAGUGUUUGCACCAGUUAAAAUGGACUUUGUAGGAAAUAUUAAGAAGAUACACCAGAAGUUGAUGUCAGACCCAGUCAACUUCCCGACCCUUCAGUCCAUUGUUCUGCACGAGGUGGAGAGGGACGUGGCGCAGGUGCGUAACUCAGCCACAGAGGCGCUGUUGUGGCUGCGGAGAGGACUUAAGUUUCUCAUGGAGUUCCUGUUGGAAGUGAACACAGGGCAGCAGGACAUCCAGAGAGCGCUAAAUAAUGCCUAUGGGAAGACCCUUCGUCGGUACCAUGGAUGGGUUGUGCGAGGGGUUUUUGCGUUGGCCCUGAGAGCUGCCCCAUCGUAUGCAAGUUUCACAGCAGCCUUAGUGAACAGAGAGGGCGAUGAGCUUAAAAGCAGCUUCACCAGCGGAAUGCACAGAGAUUUAGGAGUUUACCUGCCUGCCAUGGAGAAGCAGCUGGUCAUAUUAGAUGCUUUGUAUGAAGAAUACAACCUAGAAUCUGAUGAAGUUGUGUGAAACCAAUAGUCCGGAUUUAGGGAAGAAUUUUAGCAAGAUGUUCAACAACAGCCUGGAAGCAAGUUUAUGUGAUCUUGUGUAUCAAAGCUGGAGGAGAUUCAUAUGUGCAGUAGCACACAGGGGCUUUGCUAAGCAACUGGUGAACAGUCAGGUUUUUAAAAAAAAUCAAGGGCAGUGUCAGAAUGUAUGCAGUGGUUACAUGAUGAUUAUGAUGCAACCUGUGGCAUUCACUGCUGCUGGGUGUGAAGCUCAAUUUACUAAUACUGUAAUACAAUUAUUACAAAGUACUGUACUUUACUGCUUUUGGUGUUUUUUAAUGUUAGGGAUGCACCAAUCCAUCUUUUUCAGUUCAGAUACUAAUCCUAAACAGCAUUGAAUAAAUAAAAGUUCAAACAUUCGUUGGUCCAGAACAUGAGAUGUCCUGGACCAACGGCGACUAAUAAAUAUUUACAUUAAUUUAUAUGUUCUGCGAGGAUAUCAUCUUAGCCAAUGUGUAGAACCUGAUAUCCAAUCCAGCAAAUUUUUCAGUAUUGGACUGGUGCAUCCCUAUUUAAUGUUGCUUUACUGAUAAUAUAAUUGUUAUCAAAGCAACUGUCAAUGGUCUGAGGACAAGCCUGGCAUGUCAAAACAAUUUCUGUAAACAUAGAAUGGGACCAAACAAUUUGGGCUGGACACUCAGGUCCAGACACUGAUGUUACUGAACAUCGCUGCACAAACCUAUGCAGAGUAGGCCUCACAUCGUCUAUUUAUUAUCUGUGUUUACAUUUACAGUGUGCUAACUCAAUGACCGUGUAUGAUUGACCAUUUAUUUAAAUUGUUUCUUGCUUAAGUAAUGUGUGUCUCCAUUGACUUAUGGACUUAAACAGAAGUGAACACUGCAUUUUCCACCCGUGUGUGUUGUGUGGCCUUGGUGUCACUGAGCCAUUCGAACAAACCACAGUUCGUAAAUCUUUUAUAUGAAGAAAAUGUUUAUUUGUAACAUUGUUUUUGCCUUUCCUUUAUGUUGUCAUUUAUUAUUUUACUACAUGCAAUCAGCUGUACGAAACUCGCAACCUGAUUCAAAUCUCUGCAGUUGGGUGAUUAAUUUGUAAAAAUGUAAAAAUGUUUUAUUGUAAUAAUUCAAAGGGUUUCUUUGAAGGUCAGAUCUGAUGUAAUAAAAAUCCAUAAUAUUUU